AAAUCAUAAUUCAUCUCGAUAAAAUAGCUUAGCUUCAUAUAACUUCGUAGUUAAAAUCUUAUUACAUAUUAAAAAGCCGUCUCCAUCGCUUAUUAUCAAUCGCCUCAGUAACAUAAAUUUAUUGCUAAAUCAUCACAUUCCGCGCGCAGCUGCUUAUCUACUCCGCUUCUUUUGUUCUCGUCAGUUGCAUUUUAACUCGUUAGUGUUCACACAUAUUGGGUAAUUGCAUUUUUAAAUUUACGUCUUAAUCAAAAUGGCUGACACGUUAAAGGAGUUAAUUAGGAAACGUGGCAGUUUGAAAGCUAAAUUAACUUUGUUUAACACAUAUAUUAAUGUGGCUAAAACGUGUGAACAAUUAAGUGAUUUACAAAUAACGGAGUUGCAGUGUCGUUUAGAUAAAAUAAAAUCGGUAUACCCAGAGUUUGACGCUUUACAGAUGGAGAUUGAAGCGUUAACUGAGAAACCCGACGAAGCAUAUGCGGAGCGGGAGCAGUUUGAAAGCCAGUUCUUUGCGUUGGUUUCGACUGCUCGACUUCUUUUGACUCCUACGGUGCAGUCGAGCGGCGGUCGGCCCGGGCCCGGGUCCACGGCUUCCACGUCGUGCGGCGCCGGCCGGCAGGACUUCGUUCGUCUGCCCAAGAUUGAUCUGCCUCACUUCGAUGGGAACUAUCAGCAUUGGCUCGGCUUUAGAGAUACGUAUAUUUCACUUAUUCAUAACAAUCCCGCUAUUAAUGACAUAAGCAAAUUUCACUAUCUUCGUGCAUCUUUAAAAAGCAGUGCCGCCCUUGUGAUUCAAAGUCUUGAAUUUAGCAGUGAUAACUAUCAUAAAGCGUGGCAGUUAGUUUCUGAGCGGUAUGAUAACCCGCGCCUUUUAAUUAACAAUCACAUCCAGGCCCUGUUUAACCUUGAACCGAUGCAACACGAAUCGAGCUCUUUAUUACGUAACAUGGUGGACGUAACUAACAAAAAUUUGCGUGCGCUUGGCACCUUAGGGGAGCCCACCGACCAUUGGGACACCUUAGUUAUCUACAUAAUGUCUAAGAAGUUAGAUCUAGUAACUAAGCGUGAGUGGGAAGAGCACAGGAACCUUUUAACAGGCUCGCCGACGUUGCAGCAAUAUAUUACAUUUUUAAAUAGCAGGGCCGACUUACUCGAAUCUCUUGGUAAUAAUAACGUCAAUAAUAGCGGUUACAAGACAUCGAAACAUAAAUUGCAUUCACAUAUCGAGCCACAAAAAACACAUAAUUAUCUUACAGCUACUAAAAACAAUGCUUAUCGCAAACCUAUUGUUUGCCCUUAUUGUAAGCAAGAUCAUUUCUUAUUUAACUGUGAAUCCUUUCGUAAAUUGGACGUCGAUAAUAGGAUAAAAAAUGUGAACAUUUACUCAGUAUGUAAGAACUGUCUUCGGCCGGGACACUUAGAAAAACAAUGUAUAUUAUCUCAUUGCAAAUACUGCAAACUUAAACAUAACACUCUUUUGCAUAAACAUGUUGACAAAGCGUCUUCUAGCAGUGACGUCCCGGUGCCAGAUGUUUAUUUUAGCGGCAACAUUCAAACUAAAGUGUUUAGCCCUACUAAGACUUCCGGACUACUGUCCACAGCGUUGGUGCACGUGAGUGACGCGAAUGGAGUGCUACGUGAGGCGCGUCUACUCCUGGACAACGGGUCUGCUACCAACUUCGUGACGCAGGAUCUGUGCAGGCAGCUUGGGUUAGCGACACGCAGCGUGGGAGCUACGAUCACAGGUAUCAAUGAGCAGCUUUCACAUUGUCCGGAGUCUUGUGAUAUUACAAUUCAUUCCCUCCAUAGUAACUAUACGACGACCGUAAACUGUUACGUUGCCAACGUAAUAAACACAUCUAUGCCGUCUUGUCGCAUAUGUGAUGAAUCAAAGUCCUUCGUACAAUCAAUUGCCUUUAUUUUACUCUAA